AUGGCCUUCAACUUCAACUGGUCGCCGCUCGCGGCCGACGCGGAUUUCUACAACCGGGCCAAAGAUUUGCUCACGAGAGCCCUCAACAAGUCUCCUAAACCUCCCAUCAUCGUCGAUGACAUCCUCGUUUCCGACUUCAAUCUCGGCUCGACGCCGCCGGACCUGGAGAUUCUCGAGAUUGGCGACCUCGCCGAGGACAGGUUCCGAGGCAUCUUCAAGAUGUGCUAUUCCGGAGAUGCCUCUGUGACCCUCAACACCCGUGUUCAGGCAAACCCGAUGAACACUUACCUCAACUCCACGCCGUCCUUUACGUCACCGCAACCCCUCGCCGCAUCUGAUGGCCUCACGAUACCGCUGUCCAUCACGCUGUCACAUAUUCGGCUGUCGGCUUUCAUCAUCGUUGUCUACUCGAAGCACAAGGGUGUCACAAUCGUCUUCCGCAAUGACCCUAUCGAGUCUCUCAAGGUCUCGUCGACCUUUGACUCGAUUCAGUUUGUGCGCGACUACCUUCAGCGCACCAUCGAAACCCAGCUUCGUAACCUGAUGAUGGAGGAACUUCCCAGCAUCAUCCAUCGCUUCUCUUUGCAGGUCCUGUGCCACCGCCUGCCUCGGGAUGACGAAGAGGACGGUGAGGGUGUGAUUGAUCCUCUUGCGAGCCCGCCUCUCGACCCGGUUGACUCGGCUGGUAAUCUCUUGGAUGCCAACCAGAUUUCGGAGCUCAACCUCGGCGACAGUGAAGAGGUCCAGUUCCAGUUCCGCUCGUUGUUCUCGAAUCUUAACCUCACCCGCUUGACCGAGGUCGCCACGGCCCACAGCUUCCUCUCCACUUUUACACCCGGUCUCAAAGAUAUCCAGCUCCGCGCCACCGACUCGGACCUCUCAGACGCCAGCGGUACCUCUACUCCUCGGUCUCCAGGCCCCGGCCAUGCGAAGACGUAUUCUUUUGGUGCCCCUGCGACCUCGUACACGUAUUCUGACUCGGGAAGCUCGUCGAACGGCUCUAUCCCGUCCCGACCCUCACUCGUUAGCCUUAACUCGGCCACCACCGGACUGGGGCUGGGCUCCGGUAGAUCGCGUUCGUACACCGCCCGCAAGAGGAAGCACAGGGUCGUCAACCUGAGGCGCACCAAGUCUGAGACGGUAUCAGAAGCUUCCAGUGAGGCUGGCGAUUCCACUCUAGAUGACGGCUCGUCCGUUGCCGAGUCGGCGCCCGAGCCGCUCAUUCACAGCUCCAUUCCCGAGGAGCCCGAGGAAGAGAUUAUUGUACCUGUGCAGCCUGUUGCCUCGACAAGAAGGACUCGUUUCGAGGGUGCUACCGACAAGAAGAGGCCUCAGAUGCCCACCCGGUCGCCCCUCACCGCCGACCUUUUCCGAAAGCCCGAAGACGCUACGCCGACCGUGGCCAUCAGCGCGGACGAGAAGCCCACCUCAAAGCCCACUUCUCCCGUGGCUGCUACCCCUGCAAGUGGACCUUCGCGAAUCCGCAAAUCCGACAAGAAGGCGCAACAAGCGCAGCAGCAAGAGCAAGCCGGAUUUGACGCGCCGUCAGUGAUACUCGAGCAGGCCUGGAUCAUGAAGAUGGCUGGCGAGAUUGCCCGUCGUGUGUACGACGAGAAGAACCGACGGGACUCGCUCUGGGACGAGAGGGAAGAUGUCCCUCCCCCUACGAAGCUGCCUCGAGGUAAAAACUACAUUUUCUCCCUGAGCCGGACGUGA